AUGAAGAUCGGUGAUCCCAUAUACAGAGGUGCGGAAGUGCGCCUGCCAGCAGAGGUGGUCACUAUGAUCAUGGCUUAUGUUGCAUCCAGCAACAGCCCGGAUACCCAGAAGUCGUUAUGGGCUUCCUGUCUUGUAUCUAAGACUUGGUAUGCGGCUUCCAUCUCACAUCUCUAUUACUCUCCGCAUCUUUCUCCUCGAAAUUUUGACCUCUUCACUCGAACGAUAUGCCCGCCUCUCAAAGCGCGCAGAACCCGAAUCGGCAUCGAGGAUAUGAUCAAGCAUUUGGACAUGCGAGAGAUUGCCUACGAGAGCUCCAACAGUCUCACAUCUCGAUUGAUCAAUCGAACAAAAGCCUCCCUGCAGGGUUUUCACUCUCCGGCAGUUACCUUCUCGUAA